UUCAUGCAUUCCAGUGUUUUAUUACAAUAAAUCAGAUGAUUAUAUUCUGAUAAACCACUAGUGAAAUUUAUAAAAUAUAAUUUUCACUGUAGCCGGAUUAUAUCUGAAUGCGGGUGAAAAGAAAAUCAUAACUAAAUGGAAUAACAGGCAGAAAUAAAUGCCGUCACAAGUAAAUUUUGCUUCUUUAGGCAAAGAAAGUCGAUGUCACCAUACAUCAUUUUAAAAAUGUAACAAAAUUAGAGAAAUUUAAAAGAACUAUAUUUCAAAAUUGAUGAUGUGACGUCAUGAUGUGAUAACGUCACAAAGGAGAAUGCGCGACGUUACGCGGCAAAAUCAGUAAAAAAAUACUAAAAAUCACUUAAAAAGCAUGAAAUAAAAAGAACAUUUAUUUGUUUACAUAUAAGAUUGAAAUAUAUUUCAUUCGUGAACACCAGCUAUUAUAUUUUCACUCGUGGCGACGCCACUCGUGAAAAUAUUGCAUCUGGUGUUCACUCAGUGAAAUUAUAUUUCAAUCUUACAUGCAAAACAAACAAAUAUCCUCUAUAUCAAAAUUGAUCUCACAAAAUUGAUUAAACAUAACAUUAAGCACGUUCUACUGUGAUAAAAUUGGUGAUUUAAACAAAUACAAAUCAGGGUACAAAUUUUACACAAGUUCCUGUACAAAUCUAACAGUAAAAUAUUUGUCGAUACUGAAGACAGCAGGGUUUGAAAUUCACAUUUAAGAUUACUGUUAUCGUUUAAAGUGUUUAAACUACCUUAUCUCAUGUUAUGUAUCACGAGUUUAAUAUUGGAUUAUAAUGAAGGACUAUGCUUUUUUGGUAUUUAUCGUUUUGAUAAAAGUGUUAGUUUCCUUAACAGAAGGUACUUAAACUUGUUUUUAUACGAGUAACGUUACAUAUAUUUUCAAUCCUAAUCGUAUAUCGUCGUUAGUUAUUUAUAUAAGAAAAAUGUAUUCUUAUAAAUAAAUGUUCCUUAUGUCUCAAAAUUACAUAUUUGUAAGAUAGGUCCGAUAAAACAACGUCUUUCAUAGGCGUCAAGGAUUUUCUUUUGUAAAGUUAAAACCAUACUAUUUUCUACUUACAUACUAUAAGCUACAUUUGCUGUUGUUGUUUUUUUCUAAUUUUCAAAAAUUAAGUGAAAUAACAUUGUCGUGUGUAUAAUGAUGUUAUACAUUUAUUUUAUAAUUAUUUCAUUAUUUUGUUUUUUCCCCAAUCUCUAAAAGGUUAUCCACCGAGUGUAUCUUGUAACAUGGAGAGUUCCACUUGGCAAGAUGCAGGAAUACACUGUAUAAGGAGAGGUAGUAAAAUGUUUCCAUAUGAGACUGGUUUAGGUGGAAAUAUAGAUAAACUCCAUUUAAAAAGUGAAAUAGAUGUAUGGACAGCUGAUUAUUUAAUAUUUUCUGAUACCGAAAAUUAUUUUAGACCGGACAAAUACUGUGGAUUUAACUACCUCAACAGCACCGUAUAUGAAAACAAUGAAACGUUUUAUGGAGACUGUAACACAAAUAGAAAUUAUUUUUGUAAAAAUAAAGCAGGAAACUUAGUUGUGUAUAACAACAGUCGGGAAAAAAUUGAUUGUGACUAUAAGAUUUCAUUAACUGACUUGCAAAACAUGAAGUCAGCAAUUAAGCCAGGAUUCUAUUGGAAUACCGGGGUAUUGUAUGGGACAGUGGGAAUAGCUAGUACAGAGGCGCAUUACAUCAAAAGGCAUACGGCCAAAGUUACAGAAAACACUACAACUGCCACAGAACCAACGGCAAUGUCGAUGACAAAACGCCGGGUAACAAUUGCAGAUGCAUCUCAUACAUCAACCAAACAUCCAAUGAAAGAACAGACUUCAACCAAAAAUAAAACAAAAGCAAUGAACAUUCAACCACAAGAGGAAGAGCAAAGUUCAGGUUGUAUUUUAAUUAAUUCUUUCUUUCAGAUGUAUACGUUUGCAUGA